AUGGGCCUACUGUGGGCCCCACUCUCCCUGUUGCUCCUCCUGCUUGGGGGGCCUGCCUGUCUGUGGACCCAGGACCACCCCAGCUGCCCAGAACCCAGGGAACUGGAAGCCAGCAAAGUUGUCCUCCUGCCCAGUUGUCCUGGAGCCACAGGAAGGCCUGGGGAGAAAGGGGACCCAGGUCCUCAAGGGCAACCUGGGCCACCGGGCAAGAUGGGCUCCAAGGGUGAGCCUGGAGAUCCAGCAAACCUGCUCCCAUGCCAGGAGGGCCCCAGGAGCUGCCAGGAGCUGCUGAGCCAGACCACGGGCUGGCCCCAGGGUGCCUCUCUGAGCAGCUGCUACCCUCUGUGCCUGCCUGAAGGCAGGGUCCUCCUGGUUUUUUGCGACAUGGAUACUACAGGGACAGCUGGCUGGUGGGUGUUCCAGAGAUGACAGGAUAGUUCUGUGCAUUUCUUCUGCUCUUGGUCCUCCUACAAAGCAGGUUUGGGAAGCCAGGAAUCUGAAUCCUGGCUGGGGAAUGAGGGUUUUUUUAAUUUGCACCAGCUUACUGUCCAGGGUACCCGGGAGCUGCAGGUACAGCUGGAACACUUUCAUGGCAACCGUACCCUUGCCUGCUGUGUGACCUUCCUCCUCCUUCUAGAGGCAGACCACUGCCAGCUGGUGCCGGGCAAGUUCUUGGAGGACACUGCAGAGGACUCCUUGAGCUCUCACAACAGGAAUUGCUUUACCAUCUAUCAUGCUGACCAUGAUUAGAAUGAGAGCAACUGUGCAGCGAUUGUCCAUGGAGCCCAGUGGUACCGAUCCUUAUAUCAACCCAACCUCAACAGGUGCUACGCAAUGUCCGAGGCCACUGCCCACAAGAAUGGCAUCGACUGGGCCUCAGGCCUUCGCGUGGGCCACGCCUACUGCAAGGUGCGGAUGAUACUUCACUAG